CUUUUGACUCUUGCCUAUAGCACGCUAUGACUUGACCAUGAGAGGAUAUAAAGACCGGGGUCCUUUCAUGGAUGGAGUCUUUGAAAAUUUCCUCUCCAUCCUGCCUUCUGUCUUGGUCCCUCCCCCGUGUCGGUUGUUCUGUUCCAAGAUCUUCCUUCACAUCUUACUACCCUCUCCCUCAUGGCACAACACCCAGAUUCAAAGGACAUCUCUGAUGUCGAUGUUGAAGCAGAGGGUGACUUGAUCAAGGAUGGUGGCGAUGAACUUGGGCGACAGAGCCGUAUCGUCUUCGAGGACUCACUUGAUGAUGAUCAACGCCCAACUGAUCGAGAGCGCAAAUCGAAACACGCCCGGUCUAGGAGUCGGGGGACCAUCAGAAGUACAAGGAGUGUCUCACAGGCUCCUCCACAUGCAGAUAUUCCGAUCGGAUUUCGAACCCUCUCCUUCCAGAUCGCCGAAUCCCAGAACGCCCCUGAGGAAGUCAUCAAGGAGAGAAGGCAGAAGGAGAACCAGUCUAACCAGGACUAUUUUGAAAGCCUGGACUUUCACAUUGUCAGUCCUGAUGUGCUAUGCCAGAGAUUCAAUGUGGACAUCAAAUCCGGCCUAAGUCAGUCGGCUGCUGCCACACGUCUCCAGAGGGAUGGCCCAAACGUCAUCAAAAAUCGCGGCGAGAACUACCUGAAAAAGAUCCUUCUGUAUGUCUUUGGUGGCUUCUGCUCUAUUCUGUGGGUUGGAGUCAUCGUCUUCUUCAUCUGCUGGCAACCCCUGAGCAAUCCACCAUCCCCUACAAACCUGGCCAUGGCUAUUCUGAUCAUCAUUGUCAUUGUCCUGCAAGCUUCCUUCUCUGCCUUUCAAGACUGGUCCACCAAGAGGGUGAUGAACUCCAUCCUUGACUUGCUCCCAUCAGAAGCUCUCGUCCUCCGCGAUGGAAACCAGGUCCGCAUCUCCUCCAGGGACCUUGUUGCGGGCGACAUCGUAUCCAUCGCUGUUGGCAACAAGGUUCCUGCCGACAUCCGCAUCCUCCAAAGCUCUGGUGACGUCCGCUUUGACCGUUCCAUCCUCACUGGCGAGUCUGAUGAAAUUGAAGGCGCUGUGGACUGCACCGAAGACAAUUUCCUCGAAACCCACAACAUCGCCCUGAUGGGCACCAGCGUCACCAAUGGCAACGCUGUGGGCAUCGUGGUCCUCACUGGCUCCCGGUCGGUCAUGGGUCGAAUCGCCAAGAUGAUGAACGGUGCCAAAGGCCUGACACUAAUCCAGAAGGAAAUCAACCGGUUCGUUUUCAUUGUUAUUGCCCUCACCGUCAUCCUGGCCGGAGCGAUUCUCUUCACCUGGAUCGGGUGGAUCCGCGUAGAUCAUUAUUCCUUCAUGAAUGUGGUGGCCAUGCUGAACGACGUAAUGGGCUGCAUUGUCGCGUUUAUUCCUGAGGGUAUGCCAAUGGGAGUUGCCCUAACUCUCAUGAUGAUCGCCAACUGCAUGAAAAAGAGCAACAUCUUACCCAAGGGUCUCUCAACCGUCGAAUCGCUGGGUUGCGUGAACGUCAUCUGCUCCGAUAAAACGGGCACCUUGACCCAGAACAAAAUGUUCGUCAGGUCUAUCUGCCUUGCCGACAGAAGCUAUAGCGUGGAUGAUCUCAUCGACGGUGCGACACUCAAGUCGAUCUCUAUUCCGGAAGCCCUGCAUCGGUUGGUACAGGGAUCGUUUCUCUGUAAUGACGCUUUCUUCGAUCCCACAACGAUGAAUCUGCCUGUUGAUAAACGUACUCUCGGUGGUAAUGCUACUGACUGUGCUAUCCUGCGCUUUGCAGAAACCAUCAAACCUAACACCCGAACCGAAUUGUCACAAUCUUAUCAGAGGAUCCAUCAGGUACCGUUCAACUCGGACAACAAGUGGAUGCUCACCAUGCAUAAAGAUCCUGCAGAUGAAAAUGGAUACCUUGUGUACGUCAAGGGGGCUCCUGAUAUUCUCCUCCCCAAGUGUGUCUCGUAUCUAUCGGCCAACGGCGAGAUUCGGCCCCUAGAUCAACCAGCACGGAAGAUGAUCACCGAUUAUCAAACCCAGCUGUCACAACAGGCUGAACGUGUGAUUAUGCUAUGCCAGCGGCAUUACGUCCCUCGUGCAGCCGUUGGAUCGAAUGACUUCACCGAUGAAAUCCUCGCCGAGUGCGUACGUGACUUGACUGUGGUUGGAAUCUUUGGCAUCAUCGACCCACCGCGGCCAGAAACAGCGCAAACAGUCGCCGAGUGCCGACGAGCAGGGAUUCGGUUCUUUAUGGUAACAGGUGAUUUCGGAUUGACAGCUGCAGCGAUCGCGAGGAAUGUCGGCAUCUUCACAGGAUCCGCAGAUCCAGACACCGUGCAGGACCUGAGCGUUUUCGACACUUCUCCUUCUGAUGAGAGCGAGAAGGAGGAGAAUAAUCUCCGCUCACGACACAGCCUGCUCAUCGAAGGCCCCCAGAUGUCCUCUCUCACGGAUGAGCAAUGGGAACUCAUCUCCGGAUACGAGGAGAUCGUCUUCGCUCGAACAACCCCCGAACAAAAGCUACGCAUCGUGAACGAGUUCAAGGACCGCCACAACAUCGUCGCCGUGACAGGCGACGGGGUCAACGAUGCCCCAGCCCUACGUGCAGCACACGUCGGUGUCGCCGUGAAAUCCGGCAGCGACACCGCGAUCGAAGCGGCCGAUCUCGUCCUCCUGGAGUCCUUUGACAUGAUCAUCGAUGCAAUCCGCCUGGGCCGCCUUGUCUUCCAGAACCUGCAGAAACUUAUCGCCUACCUCCUCCCAGCAGGCAGCUGGUCUGAAGCCUGGCCGGUGAUCCUGAACGUAUUCUUCGGCUUCCCACUCCCGCUCAGCUCAUUCCUCAUGAUCAUCAUCUGCGUCUUCACAGACCUCCUCUGCUCCCUUUCCCUCAUCAUGGAGAAGGAAGAAUUCGACCUCCUCAGCCUCCCACCACGAGACCACCGCAGGGACCACUUGAUCAACAUGAAAAUCUACGGACAAUCAUACCUCUUUAUCGGUGUCAUGGAGGCCUUUUGUGCUCACUGCAUGUUCUUUCUAUUCAUGUACCGCGAGGCCGGAAUCCCCUUCCACGCUCUGGCUCUCUGCUUUGAAAAAUACUCCGACGGUUUCUACGGGUACACGCAGCAGCAGCUCACAGACUUCAACAACAGGGGCCAGUGCGUGUACUUUGUCACGCUCGUCAUCAUUCAAUGGGGCAAUCUGCUUUCCGUCCGGAACAAACGCAUGUCCCUGUUCCAGGCCGAUCCGUUCCGCAAGCAGAGACGCAACCCCUGGUUACCCCUGUCCAUGGUGGUGUCGUUGGCUAUCGCUAUCUUCGUCACGGAGGAACCGGGCUUGCAGCGUUUAUUCAACACCAUGUCCGUGCCAUUGAUGUACUGGUUUAUUCCCGUGGGAUUGGCUGCGGGAGUCCUGAUGAUGGAUGAGUUCAGGAAGUUGUUGGUUCGGUCGUAUCCUAGGAGCAUUAUUGCGAGGAUUUCAUGGUAAUAAGGAAUGCAAUGCUUGGCCAAGGCUGAUGAAGGCAAUAGUAGCUAACCGACCCCUACGGUAACCUUCGGGGUCGCGCGUAUUGCGCGACCCUGACAACCACCCGAGCACCCCAGCCACCCGAGCACCAAUUUUAGACCCCCCCCUUCUAGCUUCAAUAUCUCAACGAAUUCUAUAGUAUUUAACUUCAAAAUAUAUUUAAACUAAAGCUCUACUCUUCAGCUUGGGCCCUAGCAUGUCGUUGCCUUCGUAUAAUAAUUCCUCGUCGAAUGCACACAUCCAGCAGCUCUGGUAGGCAACGCUUAUACUUAGUCCUCCACCUCUUUAUUUCAGCCUGCUCAUUAAUAUUCGCAGUAUUUCGAUUUAUAGCUUCAAGCUCUGAGCUUGAUACUAUGCCUCCCUUGCGAAUCCUGCGCCUAGAGGCCUGUGAUCGAGCUGCGCGGUCCCUAGCAGCUUUAAUAUACCGGUCAAGCUCAGCUUCGAUAGCAGCUGAAUAUGAUGCUAGCAUACUACCACCACGAAUAAGCAGCUCUAGGCCCUCAUUAAAUUGAUCCUUGUUGAUAUCAUGAAUCUCCCAUAUCCUAUCACCAAUCUCCCUAAAUCGUUCAGCUUUUUUU